AUGAGUAAUAAAAAUGCAACUGCAUUACCGGGAAAAAAAUUAUCGAAACAGCAAAAAUUACCUACAAAUUAUUCUAACAAAUUUUUGAAACAAUCAUCAAAAGCUAAUUUUUUAUCAUUAGAAACAUUACCAGAAGUGGCUGAUUCUAAUAACAUACGUAAUUCAUUAACGAAACAUAAUUUUCUAGAAACGCAAAGGUAUUCUGUAAUAUCCGAACGUAAUGAGAAACUUUGUCGAAAUUCAAAAGAAGACGAAGAAAGUGAAUUGAUUGGUAUGUUAACCAAACAAUUAUAUUUGGCAACUAAUCAAAUACAAAAAAUGCAGUCAAUGUUUUUAAAAUCAGAAGAGAAUUCAAAGGCAAAGGAACAAGAAAUUACUUUAUUAAAACGUAAGGUACAAAACAGGGAAUUAAACAAUAUAUUCAAAUCUCAAGAUUCGAAAAAUAAAAGAGAACAACAAGAAAGUCGAAAAAAUUCAACAAAGUCCGAUAAUCUGGUCAAAAAAUGUCGUGCCCUAGAAACCAGAAUUUUAGAAAUGGAAAAAUUUCUCGAAGAUUACGGUUUGGUAUGGGUUGGAGUACAAGGCAACAAUUCAUCUUCUGAAUUAUUAUCAAAAGAUUAUAUAGAAAGCUGUUUUACUCAACUGAUUGCGAAUAUUGAGGAACUUAAUAAUGACGCAGGUAAAGAUGAGGUUCAAGUUCAUCACAGUCAGGAUGGUGCUACGGCAUCGUUUAAAGUUCCAAAGUGUAUGACACUAAAAUUUUUCAAGAACGGUUUGAUAGUUGAAGGAGGUCGUUUACGAUUGUACAGUGAUCCACUAACGAAAUGUUUCAUUCGCGAUAUAUUAGACGGAUAUUUUCCAUCGGAAUUUCAAAAUAAUUAUCCAAAUGGUGUUCCUUUAAAGGUUGAAGAUCACAGAAAGGAAAUCUACAUUGGCUAUGGAGCUGAUUUUCCUGGUCGUGGCUAUCGACUGGGAAAGCAAACGUCUUCUCAAUAUAAGUCAAUCAUGCAAACGAAGAAAUCUUCAAAUUCUUGGCCUGGAUCAUCUAAUCAAAGUCCUAUUAACACAAACAGGGAUCUUAAUAUACAAUCACCUUUACACAAUUUAUCAAAUAAAUCUUCGAGGACAAAAAGCAAAAAAGAUUCCCUUACUUCUUCGGAUCUGAAAAAUUUACGUCUACAAAUUUCAGCAUCACAUAAUCAUAAUUGUUCCGAUUCACAUCUUCAAUCUCACAUUAAUGCUGAACUUGCUCUUAGUGCAAGGAAACCAAAGACCAGGAGAAUAUCGAUGAAAAAUUCCGAUUGUCACCUUUCUUUGAGCAAUUCACCGACAAGAUUUGAAAAAUCAGUCGUUGACAAAAAUAGACCGAAUUUUUACCAAUCAACGCCUCUGAGCGGUCGAAAGUUUAGAUCUAGAUCAGCGAGCCAUACGGAGAAACGAUUAAAGCAGGAAAAUUCUAAGAGUGGAUCACAAUUUUUUGUGAAUUCCCAAGAUAAUUUGAAUAGGUUGCAAAAUCAGGUUGUCACUUCAAAAUUUCACACUCCAAGAGGAUCGAAAUCAGCAACUGUGAAUACUCCAAAAGAGCUACCGUUUCUUAUGCAAAUUAAUGAACCAUCGUACCAUCAAGAGGAAUUACGCCUGAAAAUUCGCUCUCCAAAUGGAGGAAAAGUUUAUCUUAUACACAUAUCAGCAAAUGAAACUGUAGAUCGAUUGUAUGAAAUUUUAAAUUCAACUGUAAUGAAAGAUCAUCCUGUGACGAAAAAGUACCACAUUGUAACAAAUGGUUAUGAUACAAAACGAUUAAAUCAAAUGCACUUGACAUUAAAAGAGUACGGAAUUACUAGGGAUAGUGUACUUCAUCUCGUCAAUGGUAAUAGUCGAAAUUAAUGAUCUUUAAAAUAAGGUAAGUUUAUUAUUUAUUAAAUUUUACUUUACCAGUUGUAAAUAAUUAACAUAUUUUCUAAAAGUUUGAUCAACAGAAGGUUUGUGGGUAUUACAUCACAAUUUCUAUCUUAUCGACUUGAGUUACAUCUUUCUUGAAUAUCUUCAUUAUACCAAGUGUCGGUAUUCAAUUUAUCAA